AUGGAGGAUCUAUCAAGACAGUGGAAUUGCCUAUCCCUCUCCGAAAGGGAAGGGGAUGAUAUAAGUUUUAACAGAGAUCGAUGCCGGCAAGAGUUCAUCAUUGCAGCGUUGUUCCUAACUAGGCAUGCACUCAACAUGGAUGCAGUAGGCAGAACCUUCAAACCUCUUUGGAGAUCUCAAAAUGGUUUUAAGAUUUCUAAUGAAGGGGGUCACAAGGUUCUUUUUGUUUUUGACAAGGAAGAGGAAGUGGAGAGAAUUAUGUCUACUGGGCCGUGGAGUUUUGAUGAGUCCCUUGUAGUGUUACAGCGGUAUGAGAGGCACGUUGCAUUGGAUGAUUUGAAUUUCGACAAGGUCGCUUUUUGGGUGCAGGUCCAUAAUAUCCCCAUUAGCUAUAGAACCAGAUCAGUAGCGGAAGAUAUUUGUGAAGCUAUUGGGGUGGUGGAUCGCUCACCAGAUACUUCAGAGUGUGAGUGUGGAAAUUACAUUCGGGUAAGGGUUACCAUUGAUGUCUUUCAGCCUCUCUGUCGAGGUAGAAUAAUAAAGCUAGAGGACAAUGACAAGGUUUGGGUUACGUUCAAAUACGAGCGGCUCCCUAAUAUCUGUUAUUGGUGUGGCUGUCUUGACCAUGGAGACAAGGAGUGUGAUUUGUGGAUUCAAAGCAAAGGUACCCUCCAAAAAUCCUCUCAACAAUUUGGAUCGUGGCUAAGGGCAACCUCGUCGGGGCCAUCUAAAGGUAAUGUCGUUCGAGUUUCAGGGUUUUAUGAGGACAGGAAAGAAAAUUUAUCUUCCCGCUGGCGGAGGACUGAGAAGUAG